AAAUAAGACAUCUAAGGAAGGAAAGGCAGAGGAAAUAAGAAAAUGUUUCACUCCUCUGUUUCCUCCAUCUCCUUUUCCUUCCUCUUCCUCUUCCUCCUCCUCCUCCCAAACCAGAACGGCUCCUCCACCGGAGCAUUGUCAGCCGACCUGAUCAACUCGACUUGCAGGCAAUGCACGGAGAGAUCCACCGUCCUGAGCUACAACUUCUGCUCAACCUCUCUCCAGGCGAUACCCAUCAGCCACUUCACGAAUCAGCAAGGACUGGCGAUCAUCGCAAUGGAGCUCGCCACUCAGAACGCCACGAACACGGUGUCGCGCAUAGAGGAGAUGCUGAGCAGCGGAGCCUUUGAUGCUUUCGACAUUGAGUGCUUGAAGGAUUGCUUGGACCUAUACGUCAAUGCCGUCGCAAUGCUGGUGAACUCCAUCGGUGCCUUCAUCUCGGAGGAGUACAGCGCGGCUACUCUGUUGGUGAGAACGGCCAUGGAGGCAACAGAGGCGUGUGAGCAAGGGUUCGCGGCAAAGAAAGAGAGGGAAGCGACUCCGUUGACGGAGGAGAAUUACAAUCUUUUGGAGUUGAGCGACAUUGCUCUGUGCAUCCUCAACUUGCUUUCUUUCCACUUACCAUCUCUGUAAUCUUGAAUUUUGGUACAGUUGGCUCAGAUACUUCCCAAAUUUCAAACAAAACCCUUACGAAACUUCUAACUCGACCUCCUAGAGCUAUCAAGAUCGAGAGCCCUCUCAAGCCAUGAGUUAUGAGCUCGUUUUAUUAAACAACUACAGCAACAGCAACAACUAAGCUUUUCCCAAUUAUUUCUGGUCGGCUACGUGAAUGGCAUGUUUCUCUAUUUAUAUUAAUCCACUGUAUAUUAUGUGUGCGCACAUAUGUAAAUAAAUAAGAAUGAAUUGCUUUAAAUAAUUUCUACUAGGUGUAAUAACGAAUCGGAUUGAAUUGAAUUCAAGGAUUGAG